AUGCAGCUGAGACGAGGCGAACGUGAUCACGGGAGGGCCAACUGGCAUUCAGCCGGAAUCACAGUGCCCGCGUCCACAGGGGCGGCGUGUGUGGGAGUCCCGCACACACCAGAAAAGCUGCAGCAAUCGACCGAUCAGCAGUCGAUAGCACAGACGUUCGUGUGGACGCAUAUCAGCGCACUCCCCGCGAUCAUGACGGGGGUCGCAAGCGACGGAUAUAUUACGGCGAUAGAUGCGCGAGUACACGAACACGAAGGGUAUCACAACGUGCGGGGGCGGCAACCCCAGCAGACGACGGGGCGCGCGGCACACGUCGACCGCGGUCAGACCUGCAGACCGAUCAGAACACUUGGCAGGCCGCGCGGGCGCAGGACGACGACGCACCAGGCUGAGCUCGAGCGUCCAGACUCUCCGGGCCCAGAGCUUGACCGACCUGGCCGGCUCGCCAGCGUCUGCGACGUCCACUUCGAUCCCGUCCCACCAGCACUUGCGCUGCAAUGUGUGUGA